AUGCCGGGCCAGCAGUCUUCCAGGAGCUACGUGGGCUUUAUGGAGUACUUAGCUGAGACAGAGACGGGAGAAUGCUCCCCCAAUUCCAGCACCAUGGACGCCCGGCCGCUGUUCCAAACCUUGCUGACGCUGACCGAGGACAACGUGGCUUUCUUCCAGAACGUCCCCACCGAGACAGGUCAACGCUUCCUGGCCACCUUCACCACCAUCCGAGAACAUGCCCGGAGCCUUGAGCCGAUGCUGGACCACUUCUCCGCCGUCUACCACAUCUUUGACCUGGACGAGCACACGCCGGCCAACGGCUACCGCAGCCUGGCCCAGACGGUGCGCUGCUGCGUGGCUCACAUCAUCCACAAAAGCCGCUACGUGGCCGCCAACCGCCGCAGCAUCUUCUUCCGGACCAACCACAAUUGCGCCGAACUGGAAGCGUACUGUGUGGCCUUGACCCAGCUCCGGGCCUUGGUCUACCUAGCCCAGCACCUGCUGACUCAGAACCGGCCCGGGUACCUCUUCAACCACGAGGAUCGGGGCCUUUCGAGACAGUUUCUCCAGGAAUACAUGACGAUGCAGAAGGGCUGUUUUUACGGGCGCUGCAUGGGCUUCCAGUUUGCUCCUUCGAUCCGGCCUUUUCUGCAGACCAUCGCCAUCAGCCUGGUCUCCUUUGGGGAGAAUUACAAACGGAACAUCUCCGGCAUCGGUGAGUAUCAGGACUCAGGUACACCCUACCAGAAGGAAAAGUGGAGGGUAUCUAAAGCCCAUAACCUGGCGCCUUGUUCCUCAGCGAGUGACGUGCAUCGAAUCCUUAUGGAAAGAUACUGGAUAUUUGAGGACAGGCCAAUGUUUGUUUAAUCUCUGGUUUAUCUUUCCCUCCCUCUGCAGUCGCUAGCCAGCAUGGCUUCCUCUCAGGUCCGGCUGUCCCGAGCCUUGCUGGUCCCACCCCAUUCCUUUGACCUGCCUCUGGCUUCUAACCCCCAACUGACCGUCACCAUCACACCUCCGGUGGCCCACACUGGGCCAGGAGCCGUCCAGAUGAGGCUCAUUUCCCACGAGCUGCGUGAAGGACAGGACAGCGAGGAAUUGCUCAAAUUGAUGCGACCGGAAGGAACUCUGGCCCUGGAGCUGCCCUGGAAGAGCAAGACCUUGCCUCGCUCCCCCUACCUCAUGGUGCACUUUCACGGAGGGGGUUUUGUAGCGCAGACUUCCAAGUCUCACGAGCCCUACCUGAAAUCGUGGGCUCAGGAGCUGGGGGCCCCUAUUCUUUCUAUCGACUACUCACUGUCCCCGGAGGCUCCCUUCCCACGAGCGUUGGAGGAAUGCUUCUUUGCCUACUGCUGGGCCCUUAAGAACUGCCAUCUCUUGGGCUCCACAGCGCAAACGGUCUGCCUUGCAGGGGACAGCGCUGGCGGCAACCUCUGCAUUACCGUCUCCAUGCGUGCCGCCGCCUUUGGGAUCAAGAUGCCCGACGGGAUCAUGGCGGCCUACCCCGUCACCCUCUUGGAGGUUGCCGCCUCGCCUUCACGGCUUCUCGCCCUGCUGGACCCGCUCCUGCCUCUCAGCGUCUUGUUCAAAUGCCUCAGUGCCUACGCAGGAAUGGAGUCAGAGCAGCCUGAUGACUCGGCCUUGGAGCAGCUGGACCCCAUGAACAUGAUGCGCCGGAACACGGCCCUCCUCUUCCGAGACUUGCGCCUGGGUGCGUCCGCCUUGGUUGGCUCUUUGAUGGACAAGACAGGCAAGCACAACAGGGCGGGUGCCGUAAAUGAAGCCUUGAGGAAAAGCGCAUCAGAGACAAGCCUGAAGUUGAAGCCCUUUGCCAGCCACAAAGAUUCCCGGAAGAAGAGCCAGACGUGUCAAAAUUUCUUAGGGUCCUCCGAUGUCCAGCGAGACGCAAGCUCUACCACUCCGGACUCUGAAGAUCAGCCCACCUUUUUCCUCUCCGACCAGGACCGAGAGUCCUUCUCCUCCAGCACUCCCCAGGGCUUGGUUUUUCCCGACGGCUUCCAGCCGCUACGCACCAGCCAGCCUGCCGCCAGCCUGCCUCUAGAGCUGUCGCCCAUCGUCAAGAACCCGUUCAUGUCGCCCCUUUUGGCCCCGGAUGAAAUGUUGAAGGGACUCCCUCCGAUCCAUAUCGUGGCCUGUGCUCUGGAUCCCAUGUUGGACGACUCCGUGAUGUUUGCCCAGAGGUUGAGGGCCCUCGGUCAGCCAGUCACCCUGCGAGUGGUGCAGGAUCUGCCCCACGGCUUUCUCAGCCUGUCCCAGUUGUGCCGCGAGACCCGCCAGGCCUCAGCCGUCUGCACAGAGAUCAUCCGGAACAUUCUGGUUCCUUCCGAUACCGCCCCCCCACAGCCCCCGGCCACCCUCCACAAACAUCGCAAACUGGAGCGAACGUCUCAGGUCGUGGCUAAUAAUGCCGACCACCCUCCCAUCCAGGAGAACGGGGUCCCCCCUCAGCAGAAAGCCUCGCAUAAUCCAGCGGCAGAGAGCAGGACCACUAGACCCAAAGAUGAGGUCCAGACCACCAGCAAAACUCCAGACCCCCCAAAUGGGGGACAUUCCUUGGACCAGCCAAGCAAAACUCCAGACCCCCCAAAUGGGGGACAUUCCUUGGACCAGCCAAGCAAAGCCAAGAACAUCAGCACUCCAUCGACAGCCGAUCCCAUCUCAAAUGCUGCUAUCAUUCCCGGCCAGGAUUCCGGUCCUUCAAAUAGCACCUCGGGCAGAGGGGUGGGGGCCUGA